UCUGAAAUACACACACACACACACAAUCAAAUGGCCUGCAGUUCACCAUCACCUCAACAAUGGCAAACUUAACAACAACUUCACUCUUAUCCCUUUGGACGCACCAUCACAAACACUUAACAAACAAACCCACUUCAUUUCUUUCUUAUAAUAACCUGAAACUUAAACACCAAUCAAGAAAAAUAACUUCAAUGGCGUCGGCUGCAACAGCCACCAAGGUAAUACCAUCAAUAAUUGUAGGCGGUGGGCGUGUUGGAAAAGCAUUACAAGACAUGGGUGGCGGCCAAGAUUUGCUUGUCAAGAGAGGCGAACCGGUUCCUGUUGAUUUCCCUGGGCCCAUUUUGGUGUGUACUAGAAAUGAUGAUCUUGAUGCUGUUCUUCAGUCCACUCCUCCCUCCCGUUGGAGCGAUUUGGUAUUUUUCCAGAACGGGAUGCUGGAGCCCUGGUUUCAAAGCAAAGGGUUAGGUGAUGCUGAUCAAGUGUUGGCAUAUUUUGCGGUUUCCAAGCUUGGUGAACCGCCUGUAGAUGGUAUAACGGAUACUAAUCCAGAGGGACUGACUGCUGCUUUUGGCAAAUGGGGUUCUGCUGUGGCUGCCAGGUUACAAGCUGGGGGUCUUUCUUGCAAGGUCCUAGAGAAACCACCUUUUCAGAAGCAAAUGCUAGAAAAGCUUAUAUGGAUAUCAGCAUUCAUGCUUGUUGGGGCUCGCCAUCCUGGAGCCACUGUGGGAGUUGUAGAGAAGGACUUCCGUUCUGAGGUAGAUAGCCUCAUCGGUGAACUGGCAGCUGCAGCGGAAGCAGAGAAGGGCAUAGUGUUUGAUAAAGGGAUCGAGGAUAGGUUGUGUGCUUAUGCUCGAGCAGUUUCCCACUUCCCAACAGCAGUCAAGGAGUUCAAAUGGAGAAACGGGUGGUUCUAUUCGCUCUCAGAGAAGGCAAUCGCCCAAGGGAAACAAGAUCCGUGUCCUUUGCACACAACAUGGCUUAAAGAACUAAAUAUCGUUCAGUAAAUUACCUGUAACCAAGUGCUUCAAACAACUCUUUAUAUGAAUAAAUCACACAUUUCUAUUCA